GACAACUCAAGCUAGUCCUGCUCCUGAGCUGCGACUGACCUCCUCAGAGGUCACUACAGCCUCUGGACAGAUGACUCCCAGCACCUCAGCAGCAGCUCUUUUAACACAACCCCCCAUCCAAAAGGCAGACAGACAGAGACCAUUUUUCCCCCUAAAACCUUGGCUCAAAAGGCAGCUUAGAGAUGCGUCUGAAAAUACCUGACACAGAAGGAUCCAUAGAAGGAUUUUUAAACAGUGGGUAAAUGGUGGCAUGGUCAGAAAUCUGAGGCUGAAGCAGCACCGGCUCAUCACAACUAUACAGCUACAGACUGGAAAAAUGUAGCCUGGUUUGAUGAAUCUGGAUUUCUGCUGAGGCCGACAGAUGAUGGGGUCAGAAUUUGGCAUCAACAGCAUGAAUCCAUGGAGCCAACCUGUGUUGUGGCAACAGAAUUUCCAUUUUUUGUCAAAGUGUAGUGCAUGUUGAGUAACAUCAACUCAUACCAACAGCUAGAUGUGAGUACUCUGGUGGGCGAGGAACUGUUUUCCUGUUGCAACACACCGUUAGACCAAAUCUUCAGCUUCAGAACUUCCUUCCUGCUGAAUAAUCAGAUUAUUGACAUCUUUUAAGAUUAAGAACACACUGUCCUAACAGCCUGAUUGAAAUGUUGGUGGAAUGAUCCAGAUCCACGAUGGUCCUUUUCAUCGUCAGUAAACUGCUUUUGAUGACUCUUCUGCUCCAACCAACUGAAGCGAACAGAGAAUGGAAGACACACACAACACGUAAACCUGAAAAUUCUGAGCGUUUCGGGGAGUUCUGUCUGCGUAUUUCUGAUGACUCUCAAUGGACCAGCUCCAAGCCAGGUACCCAGCUGCCCACAAAGUCAGCUCAUCCAACCAAACAACCAUCUCAUCUACCCAAGCAACCAACCCAACUACCCAAACAACCAACUCAUCUACCCAAGCAACCAACCCAACUACCCAAACAACCAACUCAGCUACCCAAGCAACCAACCCAACUACCCAAACAACCAACUCAUCUACCCAAACAAUCAACCCAACUACCCCAGCAGCCAACCCAGCUACCCAAACAACCAACUCAUCUACCCAAACAAUCAACCCAACUACCCCAGCAGCCUACCAAACCAAGCAAGCAGGCCCCAAAACUACCUAAACAGGCAACCCAGCCAAACAGGGACUCAGCCCAGGUGUUUGAACAACCAACAACUGAGACAACCUACUUUGACGAUGAGCUGACGCAACCACCCACACAAUCAACCCAACUGCCUCAACAGACAACCCAUCCAGACCUACUGAACAUUGUCACUCAGGACUCCAGUGACACUGUGUUACCAGUGAUGGCCCCCAUAGUUCUACCUGGGCAAGGAUGUCGCUGCAAAAAGGAAAAUAUAAAACAGCCAGCUGAACCCUCCACAGUAAUGAGUGUAAUGAUUUGGCUCCCCACCGAAACAUGUAGCUCAACUGAGUUCAUUGAGACAAUGAUGGAUGGUACAGAGGUUUGUGUGACUUCAAUCAGUCUCUUAGAAUUUAUUGGCGAACAAAAUUUAAGCCACUCGUCUAAUCCUGCAAUUGAAGUAGAACAGAUUGAAGAGCCUCCUAUCACAUCUCCUCCUCCACUGGACUCCACUACUCCACAGCCUACCUCUGAAACCAUUCCCAACGAGGAAAAAAAAGAGAAUUCCGGUCGUGGCCUGAAUAAUUUAAAAGACAGAUUGGCUCAGAUUUGUGAAUGGUGCAACCUCAGGAUCAACAUGGAGGAUAUUGACCCAAAGGCUGUUCAAUCCCUAAAUGUGAAGAUGCAGCCAUUUCUCUGUCCUGUCCUUAUUUAUGUCAACCUGGAGGGUGAUAAUGUUUCGUGUUGGGGCCAGCCGCUGUUGGAGACAUUGCUGGAGAAACUGGAGGAUCAUUUUGGGCGGGCACUAACAAACAUUGUCCAUGGAUGCCGCUGCCAAGAGAGCGAGAAGAAACCUCCAGCUGAACCCUCUACAGUCAAAAGCAUAAGGAUUUGGCCCCCCAAUGAAAGGUGUAGCUCAAGUGAAUUCAUUGAGACACUGAUGGAUGGCAGGGAGGUCUGUGUGGCUGCAUCUAGCCUCUCAGCAUACCUUGAUUUUGCUCUUCACCAACAGUAUGUACCUGUGAUUGAGGAAGGGCCUCCAAGCCUGUCAGAAGUAAAAACCGAUACAUUACAUUUUGACUUUCUACGUGAGCAACACUUACCCCUUCGUAAGAGGGAGGAAGGAGCACUCCAGCGAGCAGAAAUCCAACAUGUAGUAGCAGUGGUUUGCAUGAGAUGCCUUCCCACUGAAAACUGGAACAACAUUGACUCAAAGGACGUACAAUCCCUGAGGAUGCAUGUCCAAUCAAUCGGCUGCCCUGUCCUCCUUCAUAUCAGCCUUAAAAAUAAAGAAGAAUUCUGUGUGGACUCGUCCCAGCCAUGGUUCGGGACUCUGCUGGACAAGCUGGACAUUCAAAGCACCUGAGGAAGAAGUCUCAAAUGUGAUACUCUGAUAUGCCUGUGAUCCAGUGCGGGACGGAUUUCAGAGUCGGGUACUUUUGGAGAACCAUAGUGUGGUGUGAAGGAUGUGAGGUUUGGAGUACAGGUGAUGACAGUAUGUAUUGUAUUUGUAAUCCCUAUGUGUUUCCUCAUGUUUAGAUACAAAUAUACUGUCUUUUCAUUUUCACAGUAAUAGGUUAGAAAACUGUCUGAUAAUGGAUAUCUACUAGAUGUGGGGGGAGUUUCAUUUAUUUCUGUCUCAUUUUCAAAAAUAUUUUAUUUUUUAGUCAUCUAGAUAAGUGCUUUUAUUAUUGAUUACUACAUUUAACCAGUAGAUACAUUUUAAUAAUAGGUUAACUAUACAUAUUAAUUUAUUGUAUACAUAAAUUUGAUACAUCCAUUGUUUUUCUGCUGCAAGUAAUAUGUAUUUCUGCUCUCUCUGCAAACUUUGAUAAAUGAUUUGGUUUUCAGUGGCUAAGAAUUAUGCACAUCUACAAAUACUCAUCCAUACUGUGAAUUCUCCUCUCAGGUGUCUGAAUAAAUGGCAUUGUGCAAUAGUGCCAUCUCCUGACUAAAAGUGAAAACAGCAUGCUAUACCUGACGUGGUGAAGCACUUUCCUCUGUGUGAAUUCCUCACAGAGGAUCUUAUGAUCUCUGCAUCUCAUGAUGAGACAAAAGUGAAACUGUGUUCAGUAGUUUCUUAAUGUUUAUUUUUAUUAAUUUGAAUAUGCAUUCACCACAAAAAGCUCAGUGUUAUGGUAAAGUGAGAUAAUGUGCCAGAGAUGGUUAGAAUCACGUUUCAAUUAAAGUAAUAGUUCACUUUAGAAAACUUUCAGAUGAUGACAAGAUUAUUUUCAUGUCUGGUUGGUGAUUACUAGUUAGUUGUUUGUUCAAAAUUAACGCUGAAAAAAACCCCA